CCAGAAACGCACCGGAGAAACCCGUGUCAUCUCAAUCGAAAGCUUGGCUCAAUUCCUCGAAAUGGAGGUGCUCUCUGAGGUCUCCGACCAGGUUAUCUACUUCAUCUUUCUCUCAAUUUUCGAUUUCCCCUAAUCUGUUCAGUUUCAAAAUCCUAUUUUUAUGGUCUGGUUUUCUUCAAUCCGUCUUGAGAAUUUGCGUUUUGAUUGGUUUGGUUGCGUUUUCCCCUCUCUGCUAUCUCUAAUCUCUCUCUCUUUCUCCCCCAGCUUGGAUGUGCAUGGAAUCCAUCUCUCUACUAUUGCCAUAAAACGUGCAGAAGGAGGAGUCCUAUAAGGUGAAGAAGAAUUCUUGACCGAUAACUUAGAUGAAGACCACACCAUCAAAAUCAGUCUCUUUGGUAGGAUACUGUGAAGAAGAAGGGGAGAAGAUGUUGGUUUAUGAGUUCAUGCCUAAUGGUAAUGGUACCUAAUGUGACUGGCUGUGCGAUACGGACUUUGCAACAUUUGAAGUUUUUUAAGUGGUUCCUCCCAUAUGAUGCCUUUCUGGCUGGAGUUUCAUCUAGCUAAUUCUGUUUACUUACUUUGAUAUGAGUCACAAAGCCUGGACUUCAGUAUGAGUUUACGUGUUGCUUGGUUCUUGGGUUCAGCCAAAGGACUUCUUUAUCUCCAUUCCACCGACAUAUGAAAGCUACCAACAUACUUUUGGACUUCGGUUUCUGAAUCAUACCAACAGAGUUAUGGGAAUAUACCUCUGUAAGGUAUCUUGUGGCGUUAGAGGAGAACUGGAUCCUCCUUGUAAUGUAGUGGGAUACAUUGAUAGACAAGUGUUGGGAAUCAAUCAUGUGUAUCAGCAUCCAGCUUGGAAAAGAUCAAAAGCUUGCACUGAGAAUUCCCCAUAUGAAGGACCUUUCCGAAAUGGUGCUCCUUUUGAACCUCAAGGAAUUGUAAGGUUCUUGACCGUGGUGAGAAGAUUGAGCUAUUGGUGGAUAAGACUGAUAACGCAGGCUAAAGAUUUCAAGCAACAAGGAACAAAAAUGAGAAGGAAGAUGUGGUUUCAGAAUAUGAAGAUAAAGUUACUAGUACUAUUAGAUGUACUCCUUUUGGGGAUAACAGAUUAACUUUGGACAAUCCAUUUU